AGACCCGGGACCUGAGUGCGGUCAGGUGAGCAUGAUUCCACCCAACGACCUUCGUGGAGUCCAGAGCAUUUGCGUCGCUCAUAGAAAAUGGCGAAGUAUUGUCGAUAUUUUGACUGUUGGUAGUUGAAGGUAUCAUCGUCGGAAUUGGCAUUCGCAUUCAUUUCGGAGUUAUUUGACUAGUUCUCAUUUUAGGCUUCAAAUCUAGUUCAGGAUGGCGAUUUCGAAGCAAGAUCCUAUCAUCAUUGUAGGCGCUGGAGCCUUCGGCCUCUCUACUGCCUUACACCUUUCCCAGAAUGGUUACUCCAAUAUCACAGUAUUUGAGCAGGACGAUGAGGUACCUUCAAUUUACUCGGCGGCUAAUGAUCUGAAUAAGAUCAUUCGUGCUGAAUAUGAAGAUCCCUUCUAUACAGAUUUAACGAUAGAAGCUACAGAGGCUUGGAAGACACCCCUUUUCCAACCGUACUACCACAGAGUAGGAUUUCUUCACUGCUGCUCCGAAAAAGCUGAGCCGAAAGCUGUGGAUACCUUGAAUAGGUUUCGGGCGUCUGCCGAGGCACACCCUACAUUAGCUAAACAUGUUGUUCCGCUUAACUCGAGGGAGGAUAUUCAAGACGCAUCCUGGCAGCUGACCGGCACGCUCAACGGCUGGAAGGGCUACUUCAACCGUUACGAUGGGUACAUGCACUCCGCCGAUGCUCUUAGGGGUAUUCACAAGGCUACCCAAGCCCAAGGAGUGAAGUUCUUCCUUGGGAAAAUAUCCGGUGCUGUAGAAGCCAUCGUAUACGAUCAGACACCGAACGGUCAAAAGAGUAGAGGUAUCAAGACUAAGGAUGGCAAGUUCCAUGCUGCAUCAUUGGUCGUCGUUGCAGCUGGUGCCGCAGCUGCCAAGUUGGUACCUGAAGUCGGCCAAAACGUCGUCGCCAAGUCUUGGUCCGUCGCUCACGUCCACCUAACCGACGAAGAGACGUCGGCGCUUCGUGGUAUCCCUGUGGUCUAUGCUCGAGACCUUGGGUUUUUCUUUGAGCCCGACCCGAAGACCAACUUACUUAAGCUUUGCCCGAUGGGUGGAGGUUUCGUCAACACCAACAAAGACACUGGCAUCUCACUGCCUCCUGAGUCGAAGGCCGCUAGCUUGGACUUCCUCCCCGAAGAGGAUGAGGCUAAGCUUCGGGAACUUCUACGUCAAACUCUACCUUCGCUAGCAGACCGACCUUUCGUCAGGAGGUCGCUCUGCUGGUUUGCCGACACUUCGGAUUCCGACUUCAUUGUCGACUAUCUACCGAACACAUCGGACUCUGUCGUUGUGUUUUCUGGUGACUCAGGACAUGGUUUCAAGAUGUUCCCUAUUGUAGGAAAGUGGAUCGUGGAUCUUCUCGCGUCGUCAACUGGUCAGAACAAUGCUAGGUGGCGAUGGAAGACUCCCAAGCCUAAGAGUGGAGGCGAUUGGGGUGGUGAUGUGAGCUGGCGUAUCGGAAACACGACGGAGUAUCGCGAUAUAAAGCGGGCGAGAGAGCACAAGUUGUAAUCGUAAUUUUUAGCUAUUGUGGCAUAAUUCAUAGGGUAUCAGGCAGUCAGGUUGUUAUAAGCCUUAAUCAACGACAUAGUACUAAUUAUCGCUUGCGGAUCCGAAAAUCG